UGCCCAUUGUGAAGAUUAGAAAAAGGUAAUUCGGCCGUUGAAAAUACCACCCGGGCACCGUUGCGCUCUGCCGAACUGUCAGCAGGAAGUGUGUACGUGUGUGGUCAGUCUUCAGAUCAGAGCGAAAAGGUGUUGUUCACAUGUCGUGUGGCAUGACACAGGUCGUAGACGUCUGUUACAUUAGUAACAAGAGUAGAAAGAUAAACAACUGUUUAUCUACUCUUGGCAGGACUGUCUGUAGAACGUAGGGUACCGGAUAUCAUUGUCCUGACAGACACGGUUCCGACUGCUUUUUCGAAGUUUUCGUGCUUCACGCAAUCACGGUCUGCUCAGUAUCUGCAGUAGUUGCUGUUCCUGCUGUCUUGCCAGCUGACAACUGUUAAGUGUUAGGUGGGGUACAUUGUCUAUCAUUGUCCAUGCAGCGGCUGGUACUACUAGUAAUUCCUUUGGCAGGAUAUUCAACUGCUGCAUGCCCAGAAGAACCGAGCAGUCUCGCUCGCACUGUUGCUGGAGUAAACAGUCAAUGAUAAUGAUUAUGAAGAGUCGGCGGUGAAGACGAUGCACGGAAGAACCGACACUCUCUUCAUGAAGCUGCACGUCUUGCCUCUCCUCUUGGUGGUGGUAGCCAACACUAUCCACGGUGCUGUGAAUGAGAAGCAAGCAGUUGCUGGUCCGGUGGCCAACCUGGCUGCCUUUGCCAGGUCUGACUCUGAAGUUGACGUCAAGUGGCAGCCACCAUUGGUAACCAAUGGAGUUCUCCAAUAUUAUCAGCUCGACUAUGGUGUUGUACAACUUCAGUUUCAAGUCACACAGGUGAAUAUCAGCUCACAGUCGACACACCACCGCAUCACUGGACUGCCGUUUGGAAACCGUGUGGUGGUCAUCAUGCGAGCGGUGACCUCCGCUGGCCCGGGCCACGCCACGGCCACCCACGUCACAACACGGCCCCUGAAAUACUGCACUCUGUCGCCGAGAUUCAUCCGACUUGCGUUGUCCAUUUCUCUCGUGAAUGCUAGUGGUGAUGAAAUGGACUUUCCUCGCCGUGUGCCCGCACACACUUCAGUGAGGUUCACCUGCAACAGUGAGGUCCACAAUCCUGCUGAUGCUCUGGCCAGGACGGAGUAUCAUGUGACGAUGUGUCAGCUCGGUGGGAGCUGGUCGCCGGAAUACACCGCAUGUGCAGAAUCCCACGACACGGACUACAAGCACACAGCGUAUAUCACAAUGGGCUCGGCAUCCAUCACCCUGUCUAUACUCUCAGCACUGGUUCUCGUUGGCUUGUGCUGGAAAACAAACAAGAUUAACGAAUACCGAAUUGAAAGAAGACACCCGCAGAAGGCUAGAUUACCAUCAUGACCCAGUGUACUUUGUUAUAGAGAGAGGGAGGGAGAGAGAGAGAGGGAGAGAGAGAGAGAGGGAGAGAGAGAGAGGGAGAGAGAGAGAGGGAGAGAGGGAGAACACAUUUAAUACCAUGCAUGUGCAGCACACGCAGAAGUUGAAAAGAGUGAUCACUACCGAUGUACCAUAAUACAUGCUUAGCCCCAUUUGCUAUUAUAUUUUGUUAAUUUUUUUAAAUAUCAGAAAUCUAAUGGUCGGUGAGAGCUGCUUUACCCCAUAUGGUAAGGCCUUGAUCAGGCUAUUUUAGAAUGACUUUGUACCUAAAACUUGACAAAGCUGCUGUCAAAGUUGUAACUGUUGCCACAUCCAUACGUCAAUCCGGUUUUUGUCCAGUAUUCUAGCGGAUAUCAUGAGAGAAUAUGAAGCAUGGUCAUUGUUAUCUUCCGUAUCUGCUACUGCCAUCUGCUGUGAUAUAUGCCUUACCUGUAUUCAGCUGUACCAUCACACUUCAGCAUAUUUAUUUAUUUGCUGUGCUUUACAAGGU